UCAGUGGCCAUGGCGGAUACAGCGACUACAGCAUUGGCGGCGGCAGCGGCUAGUGUCGCCAACGCCUCGACCGAUGCACCUCCUUUCCAGCUGGGCAAACCCCGCUUCCAGCAGACAUCUUUCUAUGGCCGCUUCAGGCACUUCCUGGAUAUCAUCGACCCUCGCACACUGUUUGUCACUGAGAGACGUCUCAGAGAGGCUGUGCAGCUGCUGGAGGACUACAAGCAUGGGACCCUGCGCCCGGGGGUCACCAAUGAACAGCUCUGGAGUGCUCAGAAAAUCAAGCAGGCUAUUCUACACCCGGACACCAAUGAGAAGAUCUUCAUGCCCUUUAGAAUGUCAGGUUACAUUCCUUUUGGGACGCCAAUUGUUGUCGGUCUUCUCUUGCCCAACCAGACACUAGCGUCCACUGUCUUCUGGCAGUGGCUGAACCAGAGCCACAACGCUUGUGUCAACUAUGCAAACCGCAAUGCUACUAAGCCUUCACCUGUGUCCAAGUUCAUCCAGGGCUAUCUGGGAGCUGUCAUCAGUGCCGUCUCCAUCGCUGUGGGCCUUAAUGUCCUGGUGCAGAAAGCCAACAAGUUUACCCCGGCCACCCGCCUUCUCGUCCAGCGAUUUGUGCCCUUCCCUGCCGUAGCCAGUGCCAAUAUCUGCAAUGUGGUCCUGAUGCGGUACGGGGAGCUGCAGGAAGGCAUCGAUGUCCUGGAUGGUGAUGGCAACCUCGUGGGCUCCUCCAAGAUUGCAGCCAGACAUGCCCUGCUGGAGACAGCGCUGACACGAGUGGUCCUCCCCAUGCCCAUCCUGGUGCUACCUCCGAUCGUCAUGUCCGUGCUGGAGAAGACGGCUCUCCUGCAGGCGCGCCCCCGGCUGCUCCUCCCUGUGCAAAGCCUCGUGUGCCUGGCAGCCUUCGGCCUGGCCCUGCCCCUGGCCAUCAGCCUCUUCCCACAGAUGUCAGAGAUUGAAACAUCCCAACUGGAGCCUGAGAUUGCCCAGGCCACCAGCGGCCGGACAGUGGUGUACAACAAGGGGCUGUGAGCGGUAGCAGGCCAGCCGGCCUGGGGACAGAGCGUUGUCCAGGCCGGGGAGUUGGGGACAGGGAAGGGGUCUCAUGGGCUGCACCUGCAGAGAGGGGCAAACCGAGCCCCCCAGUCCUGGGCCACCUGGCACUGCAGUGGUAGAGACUAACCCAUUCACCUGUUAACAUAAGGGUGAGGAAUUCUAACACAUUUCCUAUAAAAAUAAUCAAGUGCAUUUCUGGGCCUUACGUGGGGUUGUCAUAACUCUACUCAGCACAAUUAUGUGUGAAGCUGAAAAAUUGUAGAGUGCCCACAGGGUAGAAUUAGGAUCCUUUUAUACUUUGGUUUCUUUUUUCUUUUUCUUUUUUAUCAGAAUCAAGUCUGAGCCUUGGCUGCAGCCGCCCAGAUGCGGCAGGUGGACAGGUGGUAGUGUAGGAGUGGGCCUGGGAGUUGGUGGAUUUAAGAGAUUACCGUAGCUGGGUUCGAUGGCUCCCAGGGCUGGGCUGGGGAGAGGAGGGGAGGCAGUCUCCACCUCAUAGGAUGAAUUGCCUACAACUAAGGUCCUCAGGAGGUGGUCCAGGGAGUCAAGCAGCAUGGGAGGCCUCUGGAAGAUUCCUUGGGCGGCUGGCUCUGAGGGUGGCCAGCCUUUAUCCAUGCCACAUCUGUAGAACCAGUUCCUCUGCACGAAGUCCACUGACACACUGGGACUGGUGUCACCCUUCGUGGAGCCCUGAUGUAUUUGAGGCCCCUGAGAUGACCCCAGCUUCAGGCAGGAAGCCCCAAGAAGGAAUGAUGUUUUCUGGGAACCACGGACUGCACUCCUUCCAGGCACCAGGCUGGACGGCUGGGUGUUGGGGCUGAGAGUGGGCCUGGAGCCAGGCUGACUGCAUCAGGGGGUCCUCUCCAGCCACAGAGGCUGCCUGCCCCAUCCAGCUGCAUCCUGACUGGGAGGGUCUCGUGCCUGAGGGUGUGGAGGCCAGAUCUCUAGGCAUCUAUCUGAGAGGCAACAUCGACCCAGGAACAGUGGGCCCCAGCUCUGGCACUAAUUUGGGCUGUGUGACCUUGGACAAAUCCACUCCCUUCUCUGAGCCUCCACUCCCUAUCCAGAACCAGAGGACUGGAUCGAGGGGAUCCCACCUGCUCUUCCAGCUAGACUUCGUCUUUGCCUGUCCUGCUUGGAUGCUGGUCAUGCCAGGCACAUCCCCAACGUGGACACUGGACUGGGAAAAGGGCAGGUCCCUUUGGGAAUGGCCAGCAGUUUGCCCUCAGAACCUGGACUUUGCCCUUCUGUGUGUGACCCCAAAUCUUGGGAGAACUUGAGCUUUGCCAGACACUUUACAGUUCUGAAGGAGGAGGCAGCAUGGGUGCCUGGGCCUGAGUGUGGGGUCACAUGUGGGUGCGUGCCACCUCUCGCCCCACAGGGCCCUCCAAGGCCACUGGCUGCCGACUCCCAUCUCCCUCCCAUUUGCGGGCCAGGAGAGAGGAGAGAGCUCUGCAGAAGAAAGCAGGGCUGAGGUGGGGGUGAACAGGGUAACCCCUUGUCUUAAAGGCCCAAGCAAAGAGGAAGUACGGGCCUCAAUGCACCCCUCGCCUGACCCCAACUGGAAUAGAGCCCUGGACAGGCAGCUGCAGGGCCUCCCUCCCCUGGUGACUCCACCUGGGGAGAGACCUGGCUGGAGGUGAGCAUAGGUGCGUGCAGGAAAAGGCUGGCGCCGGGCAGCAAGGGCGUGGCCACAGCGGCUCUCCAUCCUGAGGGCAGGGGUAGGUGCCCGCGGGUCUUCCACGGGCAUUGACGCAUGCACCUCCCAGAAGCCCCUGCUGCCCUCACCUCCCAGCCAGCCCUGGAACCCCCAAGCUAGCUCUACAGGACACUGCCCUGAGGGCUCCCUACUCUCCUGAGGAGCUGCCGACCUCCUGCCCAUCAGGAAAGGGAGAAGGCAGAGACAAGGAGAACAAAACAGCAGAGUGGACGGGUGCCACAGUGUUGGAGGGGCAGGUAUUUUUAAGCUCAUCUCGCCAUAAUGUGAAUGUGCCAAUGACUGGGGGCUAGGCAUGUCUCAGUCCUCUUUUGAAAAGCUCACUUCAAGCUCCCCCUGCCCACCUCUCAUUGGGUCUUGUUCUUGUGCACUUUACCUUGGGACCAAAACUGCCCACCCUCGCCCCAUUCUCACCCCCUCCAGAGGCCUGGCAGAGAUGGGGUCUUCAAAUCCCUCUCUGUGCUGGCUGCCUGGGCCUGUCCCAGCCCAGCCCUGUGGCCUCAGCAUCUCAUAACCUACUUACUUUGUCUCUUGGGUGAUUUCUAGUCAUGCUCCCAAAUGCAAUUUCAGGUGAGCUAAGGGGGCUCCUCCUGGUGGAGGAGGCAAAGGAUCCUUUUAGCUCAGGGUGAUGGUGACGCAGGUUCAGCGGGCCAUGCUGCUAAGCCCUGGUCUGGCUGCAGAAAGCACAAGGGGAAACUUUUGGCUAACAUCCAUCCCCAACUCUGCUGAGGCCAGAGGAAGGGAGUCCUAGUGGGCAGACUGGCUCAUGACUGAGGCGGCUGCCCAGCCAGAACCCACAGGUCAGGGCUGGCCCAGCUGUGCCACAGUACAGGGCACACCUGCAGCUGGUUCUCCAGCCCUUGCGCACCCACCCGACCCUCCUCUGGUCAUGUCCAGCUUUCCCUCAGGCUCGGGGAUGCCCUUCUCCCAUUUCUGGAGAGCAGUCUGAGGGUGCAGGGACCAAAAGCCCAAGACAAGAUGGCUGCUGAGUCAAGAUGGCUGACAGACCCCUUUCCACUUCCUGGUUGUGAGCCGGCUUACUUCCUGUCCUGGGCCUCUAGCCCCGGAGAAGCGUGGAGUCCUGAGAGGAGAAGGACUAGUGGACAGAAGCAGAGGUGAUUUUCCAGCCCUGGGCUGGUGUGAGUCAGGCAUCAGCACACAUGCCUCGGCCACACCCAGGGGGCUCCGCAGUGUCUUUUUAACUUCUCAGAAAUUUUCUCAAUCUCUGUGAUUUAUGUAAUACUAACGAGCUGUGGGCAAUAAAUGAUGGAUUUAAAGCA